AUGCUUGAUAUUGAAAACUUGAUUGAACAGUUGACCUUGGAAGAGAAAAUCUCCUUGUUAGCUGGUAAAGAUUUUUGGCAUACGGUGCCAAUUCCUCGUUUAAACAUCCCAUCAGUUAGAGUAAGUGAUGGACCAAAUGGGGUUAGAGGUAUUAAAUUUUUCAAUGGUGUUCCUUCCAAUUGUUUUACGUGUGGUACUGGAAUGGCAUCAACUUGGAAUAAAGAUUUAUUAAAACAAGCCGGUCAAUUAAUGGGUCAAGAAGCAAAAGCCAGAGGAGUUCAUUGUAUCUUAGGUCCAACCUGUAAUAUGGCAAGAUCUCCAUUAGGUGGAAGAACUUUCGAAAGUUACAGUGAAGAUCCUGUAUUGUCAGGGUUUGCUGCUGCCAAAAUCAUUGAAGGUAUUCAAGAUGAAAAGGUUUUAGCUUGUUUAAAGCAUUUUGUAUGUAAUGAUCAAGAAGAUUUUAGAAAAGGUGUUGACACUUUUUUGACUGAAAGAGCUUUGAGAGAAGUUUACUUAAAACCUUUCCAAAUUGCUAUUAGAGAUUCUAAUCCAAAAACUUUAAUGACUGCUUACAAUAAGAUCGACGGUGAACAUGUAAGUCAAUCUAAAAGAUUUUUACAAGAUAUUUUGAGAGAAGAAUGGGGUUAUGAAGGUACUACUAUGUCAGAUUGGUUCGGUACUUACUCAAUUAAAGCUGCAUUAGAUGCUGGAUUAAAUUUGGAAAUGCCUGGUCCAACUAGAUUUAGAGAAGUCUUACAAACUGCCCACAAAGUAUACAGUAAUGAAAUUCAUAUGGAUGUUAUUGAUGAAAACGUAAGAAAGAUCUUGAAAUUUGUCAAUGAAGGUUUGAAAAUCGGAAUUGGUGAAAACAUCGUUGAAAAGGAAAAUGAUGAUCCAGCCGCCGAAGCAUUAUUAAGACAAGUUGGUGAUGAAUCAAUUGUCUUAUUGAAAAAUGAAAAUAACUUAUUACCAUUAAACAAAUCAGAAAAACAAUCAAUUGCUAUUAUGGGUCCUAAUGCCAAAGCUACUCAAGAUUCUGGUGGUGGUUCAGCUUCUAUGGCUGUUCGUUACAAAAUCACUCCUUAUGAUGGUAUAAUGAAAAAGAUCAAGGAAGGUGGUGAUAAUAUUGUCACAGAAUAUACCAUUGGUGCAUUAUUAGACAAAAAUUUGCCUGACGUUGGUACUUCAUUGACUAAUAAAGAUGGUGAGACCGGAGUGACAGCUACUUUCUAUAAAGAUGCUCCAGAAGUUACCGAUAGAAGAGUCAUCGAAAGAUUCAAUCUAAGUACUUCAAAAUUAUUUUUAGCUGAUUUCAAAUCUCCAAAUUUGGAUAUUAAUGAAUUAUUGUAUUACGCUGACUUUGAAGGAUCUUUCGUUCCUGAAGAAACUGGUACUUACAUAUUUGGAUGUUCUUGUUUAGGAACUGCUCAAGUCUUUAUCGAUAAUAAAUUGAUUGUUGAUAACAAGACUAAACAAGUUAGAGGUGAUGCUUUCUUCCUUGGUAUGGGUACCAGAGAAGAAUUAGCUGAAGUUCAAUUGACUAAAGGUCAAAAAUAUGAAAUCAGAGUUGAAUUUGGUACAUCACCAACUGCUUUGGUUGCUAAAGAAUUUAAAGAACCAGGUGGUGUAUUCUUCGGAUUUAGAUAUAAAUCUACACCAGAAGAAGAAUUAUCCAAAGCUGUUGAAAUUGCUAAAAAGACUGAUAAAGUUAUUUUAGUAGUUGGGUUAUCCAAAGAAUGGGAAAGUGAAGGUUUCGAUAGACCAAAUAUUGAUAUUCCUGGUUAUACUAACAAGUUAAUCGAAGAAGUUUGUAAAGUUAACAAGAAUGUGAUCAUCAUCAAUCAAUCAGGAGCCCCAGUUGCUAUGCCAUGGGCUUCUAAAGUUCAAUCUAUCUUACAAGCAUGGUAUGGAGGUAACGAAUUAGGUAAUACUAUGGCCGAUGUUAUCUUUGGAGACCACAAUCCAAGUGGUAAAUUAUCAUUAACUUUCCCAAAUAGAGUUGAAGAUAAUCCAUCAUUCUUGAACUUUGGUUCUACCAACGGUAAAGUAUGGUAUGGAGAAGAUGUUUACAUUGGUUAUAGAUUUUAUGAAAAGACCAAAAAAGAUGUGUUAUGGCCAUUCGGAUUUGGUUUAUCUUACACCCAAUUCGAAUUCAGUAACUUGAAAGUCGUCGCAAAAGAAGACGUUGUUGAUGUUACUGUUGAUGUCAAAAAUACUGGAGACAAAGAAGGUGGAGAAGUUAUUCAACUUUACAUCUCACCGGUUGAUUCAGCUAUUCCAAGACCAGUUAAAGAAUUGAAGAAUUUCGACAAGGUUUUAUUGAAACCUAAUGAAAGUAAAUCUGUAACCAUCACCACCUCAAUCAAAGAACUUACAUCUUAUUGGGAUGGUUACAAGAAUAAAUGGGCUUCCGACAAAGGUGAGUACAAAGUGUUAAUUGGUAAUUCUUCAGAUAAUAUUUUACUUGAAGAUAAAUUUGAAACCACUAAAUCCUUCAAUUGGUUAGGUUUAUAA